UCUGUAGUCUUUGUUGUAUUUUUUGGUUAUGUAGGUACACAAGUCCAUGCUUAAUUCUUAAUUAUUUCAUUAUUUCAAUUAAUAUAUUAAUUGAUUCCAAAUUUGCCAUUUUCCAUUAUUUUUACACUUUGUAAGAAAGCGUUUAAGUAUACGCAAUAAUUUAAGUUUGAUUAGUUUAUUUUAAUCAAGUUGAUGCAGAGAAGUAAACAUGAACGCCGAAAAAGUUAAAGAUAUUGGUAAAAUAUGUAUUCCUGGGAUGAGAUUAAGUGUAUCAAAUAAGGACAACAUCCCAGGUCCUGGAACAUAUGAGCUUAAAGGAUAUAUAUACGCAUCUUUAGCAGGAGUGUUAAAAAUGCAAGAAGAUGAGAAUACAAAGGCUACAAUGAUAUCGGUUGAGAGCCCCAAAACCCCUAGUGUGCUGCCAAAAACUGGAGAUGUUGUGACUGCAAAAGUUACAGUAGUGAACUCGAGAUUAGUACAGUGCCUUAUAUUAUGUGUGGGCCCAUCAGUACUGGUGAGGCCCUAUAGAGGUAUCUUGAAGAAAGAGGACAUAAGAGUGAUAGACAGAGACAGAAUUGACCCUUAUAAAUGUUUUCGGCCAGGCGAUGUGAUUUUAGCUAGAGUUUUACCUAUGACGGAAAUACACUGGUAUCAUCUAUCUACUGCAGAGAAUGAACUUGGGGUUGUCAUAGCAACGGCAGAAGGUUCACCGCAAGGAGUCAGCAUGGUACCAAUUAGUUGGUCGGAAAUGCAGUGUCCCAAAACAUUAGUAAAGGAACCUAGGAAAGUUGCAAGGGUCAUACCAGAUAAUAUAAAUAGAGCCCUGUUGGUUGAAAGCAAGGAUGAAAAGGGAAAUCUUGAUACAAAUAAAAGUUGAUUUAUU